AUGCCUCAAACAACAUCUGCUCCGUCGCUCUCGCCGUUGACCACGUUUAUCCGCUGGUUGCGCCUGAAAAACUACCAAUAUGAAGUCACCUUUGCUUUGUACAUGCUUACUCCAACCGAAAAGUUCAUCCUCAAUUUCUUCGUUCUCGGUCUCGUGACCCUUCUCAUCACCGCUGCCUACAUCUAUCUUCCAAACCACGUGGCGUCUAUCUACGGCCAUGUUCAUUACUACCUCACCGCCGACGUCUCCAUGAUCCAAGAGUACAUUCCGUCUGCGAGCUCUGUCCUCAAGGGCGCUGGCGCUUCGUCUACAGCCAACCUUAAUAUCGUCUAUGAAACCGUCAAAGCGCCUGUCGCCACUGCUCUGGGCGAACUAUGA